AUGGAAAAGUUGGAGCAGCAUGUCUCGGAGAAUCUAUCAAUCACCUCCAGAAUUGAAACACAAUCUCCCAAGCCGGUAAGAGAAUACAACCUAGACCCAAUCCCAGUUGAUAUACUUAUCGAUAUAUUCUCUCGACUCCCGAGAAAGUCUAUAGAUAGGUUUCGCUGCGUAUCGAAAUCCUGGAGAUACCUACUUCGUCGUCCUGAUUUCAGAGAUGCCUUUCUGACUAAUUCUUCCACUCGUCCACGUCUCUUCUUCACUUUAAUAUAUAACGGACAAUUGUUCUGCUACUCUUCACCUCAGCCUCAAAAUCCAGAUGACAACUCCACUCUUGUAGCCACCUUUUACGAUAAGUCAUCCGCUAGAUGGUUUCCAACUGAUAACCGUACCUUGGUCUGUGGAUUGGCGCUUCUUCAAGGAAAAUAUAAAAGAAAAGAUAGGGUUCUGGUUUUUUGUAACCCUAUCACGGGAAAGUUCAUAACCUUGCCCAAAGUGCCUCUGAAUAGAAAAUCCUUACCCGACACAGAAGCAUCGGAUGCUUCUAUUGCAAGAAUCUAUCUUGGAUAUGAUCCCAUCAGCAAAAAACUCAAAGUGCUGUGUAUGACCUCGUCACUUUGUGGGAGACUCAAUACUCAUCAGGUUUUGACAUUGGAGUCUGGACACCGUCUAUGGAGAAGGAUCGACUUUGCAUUCAGUUUUACACCGGAUGAUAGAAUGCGUGAUGAGAUAUGCAUAAAUGGUGUUUUGUAUUUCGGAGCUAAGAUGGGAGGACAAUCUUCCGUGAUUGUUUGCUUCGACAUUAGGUCUGAGAAGUUCGGCUUUAUCAACUUAGAUGAAGACAUGUUAGGAGAGAAUUAUGAGUCUGGUUAUUUGACUUUGUUUAACUACAAAGGUAAAUUAGGUAUACGUGAGGAAACAAAUGAGGACACAGAACUUGUGUUGUGGGUUCUAGAAGAUGCUGCAAGUCAUGAAUGGUCCAAGCAAACCUACGAAAUGCCUAGUUUGAUCAGAGAGAAGACGUUUGUUGGAAUGACUGGUACAGGUGAAAUUGUAUGGUCGUCGUUCAGAAACAACUAUUUAAACCGAUUCUGUGUUUACUUCUACAAUCUCGAGAAGAACACUCUUACAAGAGUCGAUAUUCGGGGAUUUGAAGACUUUAAGUAUCGUCGGGCUUAUAUUGACACCUUUCUAGACUAUGUGGAGAAUAUCAAGCUUAUGUAA